GUCCAGACAAGCCUGGAAACGAGGCGUUCCCCGCCGCCCCGCUGUCUGUCUGUCUGCCCCGCGGAGCUCCGAGAGCCACCGAGGACCCGUCGUCUCCUCCCCGGACUAAUGCGCUCCAUCCCCGGGGAACCAGCACCGCACCUCACCGGCGGUUCUCCUGUGAACCGUUUCUCCUCCGGACCGUGAAAUGUGAUGGGACGCGACCGACUCCCAGGCUAGCUCCACGGCUAACGCCGUUAGCUCCGGUAGCGGUCCUGCCCGGGCUCCGUGGAUCGGGUCUACAUGGUGACUUCCGGUCUGUUGUGUGGAGGGAUCGGAUCUUUUUAAUGAAAGUGUGCAGCUGAGGAUAGAUCAGAUAUCUGGUUCUUUCUGGGAUAUUAUUCCGCCUCUUUGCCCUAAGUUCCCCGGCUCCAGACGCCCCCCCCACCCCCCUCUGGGGCUGCUAGCAUGUUAGCAUGUUAGCACGUAGACAUGGACGUUGCUCGCUGGCAGAUCCGAGAAACGAGUUAGCUGCUCGGUCACUCUCCCCGCGGGUCCCCGCCGGCUGCAGCGGGUAGCCCGGCUCAGUUCACUUUAGUUCGGGUUAGUUAGCGCGAGUUAAACCAACCCCGCUGGACCCGACGACAACAACAUCGCAGCGGCGCCGUUUCCCCCUUUUCACUCGAGAAGGAGCGGGUCAGAGAACCGAGCUGAGAGCCGAGUGCUGCCCGGAGGAGCAGCGAGGGAACCCGGACUCCCCCGGACCCACAGCCCGGUGUCCAGCGCCAUGGCCGCGGGCCGGAUCACCAUGAAGUCACUCGCCAAAUUCGGCUUCUGCCUGACGAUCCUCCUGACCUCCGUGGCUGCGGCGCAGGGCGAGGAGAGGGAGUGUGCCUUCACGGACCAGCAGCAGCCGCUGGGGGUCGACCGAGUGGCGGGGGGCGAAGGUCGGGUCUCCCCGGAGAACACAACCAUCCGAUGUGCCAAGGGCGGCCACUGCUUUGGCCUGUGGGAGAAAAGUCCUCCAGGCGAAGUGCGGCUGGUCAAACAAGGAUGCUGGACCCACCUCGGGGACGACCAGGCCUGCCGCGACGACCGCUGCGUGGUGACCAACCUCCCCCCGCAGAUCCAGAAUGGAACGUACCACUUCUGCUGCUGCGGGAGCGACAUGUGCAACGUCAACUUCACCGAGGACUUCCCGAUGCCCAGCCCCACCACGGCCCAGCCCCUCUACCCCCAAACACUGCGCUACGAAGAGACGGUAAUUAUCGCCCUGGCAACAGUCUCCGUGAUGGCUGUGGUUGCUGUAGCAGCCUUCUUUGGUUACCGCAUGAUGCACGGAGGUGGUAAGCAAGGUCUGCACAACCUGAAUAUGAUGGAGGCGGCUGGCUCCGAGAGUUCUCUGGACCUAGACAAUCUCAAACUGCUGGAGCUGAUUGGACGUGGCAGGUACGGGACAGUGUACUGUGGCGCUCUGGACGAGCGGCCGGUCGCCGUGAAGGUUUUCACCGCGGCCAACCGGCAGAACUUCCUGAACGAAUGCUCCAUCUAUCGGCUGCCGCUGCUGGAGCACGACAACAUCGCUCGCUUUGUGGCGGCAGAUGAGCGCACCGGCCUGGAAGGACGCACAGAGUACCUGCUGGUCAUGGACUACUACCCACAUGGCUCACUGAACCGCUACCUGGGCAUCCAGACCAGCGACUGGAUCAGCAGCUGCCGGCUCGCCCACUCCGUCACCCGGGGCCUAGCGUACCUGCACACGGAGCUCUUCAAAGGAGACUUGUACAAGCCGGCGGUGUCCCACAGGGACCUGAACAGCCGGAACAUCCUGGUGAAAAUGGACGGCACAUGCGUCAUCAUCGAUUUCGGCCUGUCCAUGAAGCUGACUGGAAACAGGCCGGCGCGUCACGGCGAGGAGGAGAACACGGCUAUAAGUGAGGUCGGGACAAUCCGCUACAUGGCCCCCGAGGUGCUGGAGGGAGCGGUGAACCUGAGGGACUGCGAGUCGGCGCUGAAGCAGGUGGACAUGUACGCCCUGGGCCUGGUCUACUGGGAGACCUUCAUGAGAUGCACUGACCUUUUCCCCGGAGAGUCUGUGCCGGAGUACCAGAUGGCGUUCCAGGCAGAGGCAGGGAACCACCCAACGUUUGAGGACAUGCAGGUCCUGGUAUCCAGGGAGAAGCAACGGCCCAAAUUCCCUGAGGCCUGGAAAGAAAACAGUUUGGCCGUCCGCUCCCUGAAGGAGACGAUGGAGGACUGCUGGGACCAGGACGCCGAGGCCCGCCUCACCGCCCAGUGUGCCGAGGAGCGACUGGCAGAGCUGCUCCUCAUAUGGGACCGCUCCAAGUCUGUGAGCCCCACCCUCAACCCCAUGUCCACCACUCUGCACAACGAGAGAAAUCGUAUGACGCCAAAGUCCGGCCCGUACGCAGACCACCCAUCCACCUACAUCGAAGAGAAUGAGGGUGUGGCCAAGAACACGCAGACCGACACCACUGGCUCUUUGAGCGGCCGAGCCGUGGCCGGGACCGGGGAGAGAAACAGGAACUCCAUCAAUCAGGAGCGCCAGCAGCAAGCCAACGCCCGUCUGCCCAGCCCGGAGGGCAGCAGCACCAGCAUGGGUCUGAGAGGAAGCCCCUCAGCCUCCACCACCACCACCACCAUCAUCUCUGAGACCGAGGGGCCGGCAGGGGUCCCCACAGUCCCUGUCUGCCUCCACCUGACACAGGAAGACCUGGAGACCACCAAGCUGGACCCGAAAGAGGUGGACAAGAACCUGAAGGAGAGCUCGGACGAGAAUCUGAUGGAGCACUCGCAGAAGCAGUUCUGCUCACCGGACCCACUGAGCCCCGGGAGCUCCAGCCUUCUUUACCCUCUCAUCAAGAUGGCGACUGAGGCCUCGGGCACGUCAGACACUGCUGCCCCCAUGCCCACCACCAUCUUCCCCCUGCCUAAACAGCAGAACCUGCCCAAGAGGCCGUCCAGCCUGCCCCUGCGCACCAAGCCCACCAAGAAGGAGUCGUCGUCGUCUUCUCUCAGGUUCAAGUUCGGACGCUCCGGGAAGUCCAACCUGCGGCAGGUGGAGGCAGCAAAGCUGAACAUUGGUGCAGUAACAGGCACAAACACAAGUGUGGAGGCUCAUCGGGGCCCGGGCACCAACAACAUACCCGCCCUGCGAGACACGCAUGUCAACGGCAGCGCUAACGGCGCCGCCAAUGGUCAUGCCAGCUCCUCCAUGGCUGCAGGCGGAGCGACCGGUUACGGAGGAUCCGGCGUAACUCAGAACGGCUCCGGAGUCCUGCGGUCGGACGACAGCCGCCUGAGCCUCGGGGUCAUCACCGCCAGCCCCGACGAACACGAGCCGCUUCUGAGCCGAGAGCGAGAGCAGCCGGACCUGAGAGACGCCUCCUCCAGCGCCGCCGCCCUCCGCUCCGCGCGGCCCAACACCAACAACAACAACAGCAACACCGGCCAGGGCCAGGGGGAAGGUGAGAGCGGAGGAGAGAGCGACGGAGGGGAGGAGGGCGGGAGCGGAGAAGGAGGAAGCAGGGAAACCACGGGGCCCCAAGGAGACAGCUUGGGCUCCGGGCCUGUUGCCGUGGAGACAGCACCUGUCAUCAUGAGAGGAGAGGCCCUGCUCAGGCAGCCCAGGGCCCGCAGGCCGGAGAGACCCAACUCCCUGGACCUGUCCUUCACCACACAGGACCUGGCCUCACUAGAAGCAGGCUUGUUACAGCCGGACGGAGCCUUGGGCACAGGCGAUAAGAUUAAGAAGCGCGUCAAAACACCUUAUUCUCUGAAGAAGUGGCGGCCCACCACGUGGGUCAUCUCCACAGACACCAGGGGGCCGGAGGUCAACAACAACGGCUCGGCCCACGGUCAAGGCCACGGUCAGAACCGGCCCAAGUCCAGCUCGGCUAUCUACCUGCGGGGGGGGAGCUUGGCCAGCGAGCCCAGCGACACGCAUGUGUGAACUCGGACCCUCUGACAAUACUGAAAGAAAAAAAAAAGAACAAACAGAGCGGUUUGGUUUCUCUCUGUUGAGCCGCGGGCUCUGAAUCAGCAAGAGGAAGCUAUGGAGUGCAGAGUGGAGUCUGAUCGUGUACAGUAAUUAGGUUUGUCUCGCUCCCGUGUGUCUUUCUAAUGAUGGCAUUGCUUUAAAUGGAAUCCAGCUAUGCAGCCUUCUCAUCCGCUUCUGUUCCUGCGUUUUUAUUAAUCUCCAUCUUUGUCAGUUUGUGUCAUGUUUCGUCCUCAUGAGCAUAGCAAUGUUUUGAACGGAUUUUCUUUCCCUCUUUCUCUCUAUGUGCACUUUGAACCGAUUAAAAUCAGUGUUUAGAAAUCCUGUCUGUUGCGACCACACCAAGAAGUGGUCUUUAAACUUAAACAAGGCGAUGACAAACAAUCAACCCGUUGAGCGCUCUCUCUCUCUCUCUCUCUCUCUCUCUCUCUCUCUCUCUCUCUCUC